AUGUUGAAUUCAACUGGCGCCGCGACGCAGACGCGGGCUGCUUCGCUCGCUGAAGUGGCACGCGCUGCGGUGACCUUGGUGGUCACAGAGACGGUCCGACCGACCUGGAUCAUCACGGAGUCGGUAAUCGUCUUCACUAAUACGGUCAGUUCUGAGGAGAAGACCUCUCUCCCCGAGACCGCGCCUCAAAGCGCCGAGCCAACAGAUACCGCUCAGCGGCAGAUCAGCCCACAGUCUCUACAAGCGGACACUACAAGUCCAAUUUCUGUUCCGACCACUGUCCCUCUCAUAGAGGAUCCCACCUCCCGCAGUGCUGAGUACUGGCCGGGCUUCUUAGGGCAUUUGACGGUUCAAACCAGCUGGGACUCUGAGUCCAGUCCCUCCAGCUCGUUGGUGUCUCCAAGCCCACCCAGCUCAGAGUCGUCCUCAUCGCCAACUUUGUUGACAACAUCGUCAAGUGUACGCACAAGUGUCCUGUCGAGUAUGACUCCCAGUUCAUUGGCAAGCACUCCAGCUCGCGAGACAAUGUCAAGCAUCUCUCCAGCCACCAGAUCGUCAACCUCGCCAUAUCACUCACCCACAUUCACACCACUGUCUGGUCUGGGCUCUAACGCCUCAUCAACUGAAUCUUUCUCCGGUCAGUCCCAUCAUCGCUCUCCGGGCACGGGCACGAUUGUCGGUAGUGCCAUUGGCGGAGCAGCCGUCGUAGCCCUCGGGCUUUUGGCAUGCUUCUUCUUCUUCCGUCGCAAGCGAACACUAUCUCACCAGCGACAAGCCAGCAGACAGAGACUGCUGCGGACCAGCGAAUCUAUGAGCUCGACUGAAGGAUUCCACCGCCGGCAAUUCUCCCAACCAUUGCCAGCCACGCAGUUUCCUGUCACCGACGCGACGCCAAUCUUUCAUUCGCGCAGAUACUCAAACACGCUGGACAACCGUCCCAGUCCAGCUGUCGCAGCUUGUUACCCAAAUCUAUCUCACGACCGAGUGAACCCGUAUGGUGAAAUGCCGUGUCACCUGCUCGAAGAUUCAUUCGCAGACCCAGAAGCCCCCCCUCUCAGUCGUGGCCUCUCACCCAUCAUUGAAGUGUCUCCACCAACUCGCUCGGCCUCUCUUUACUCCCGGUCGUCAUGGGACGGAGGCCUCAAUGUGGUAGAAAGCCAUGAGCCCAUUCGAAUCUCUCCAUACGGUUGCACCUACCCCAGCCGGAGCACGCUCACCCUCGAGACUUCUGGCAGUGGUUCUCGGUACCAGAAUACGCCCAAGAGCCACUCCAGACGAAGCGACCCAUUCGACCUGGAGUCACCAGCGAACACACUCCAGUGGCCUUUUCCCGCGUCCCCUCGUCCGAAUCGCUGGGGUAGUCGGUUCUAA